GGUUUCGAACUGCAAAUCCCCGAAACCAUACUCUCUCUCUCUCUCUCUCUCUCUCUCUCUCUCUCUCUCUCUCUCUCUCUCUCUCUCUCUCUCUCUCUCUCUCUGUGUGUUUGUGUUGGCAUGAUAUUAUUAUCUUUGAGUACACUUCAUAUAACUGAAUAUCAAAAUUAGCUGUUGAAAAGAACGGGGCGGGAAGGGAGAGAGAUGGCUGCAGGGAACGAGUGGAUAAAUGGGUAUUUGGAGGCGAUUUUGGACGUCGGAAAUAAUAGUAGCAAAAGCAGCAGCAGCAGCAGCAACAAUAUUUUUGGGGUGAAGAAUAUAAUUAGUGGUAGUAAUAUAACAAAAGGGAUUGAAGAGACAAAACUGAAAAUUGAUCAAGGAUUCGAUAGUACUAGUAUUGGUGAUGAAGAUCACAAAGAUAAGGAAGUGAAUGAUCCUCAGAAGCUCAUCAGUCCCAUUAAGUACUUUGUUGAAGAAGUUGUUAAUUCCUUUGAUGAGUCUGACCUCCACAGGACAUGGAUUAAGGUAAUAGCAACAAGGAAUUCUCGUGAACGCAACAACAGACUUGAGAAUAUGUGCUGGCGUAUUUGGCAUCUCGCCCGUAAAAAGAAGCAGAUAGCUUGGGAUGAUGCACAAAAACUUAUGAAACGAAGAAUUGAGAUUGAAAGAGGUCGUAAUGAUGCCGCAGAAGACCUUUCUGAGCUUUCUGAAGGUGAGAAGGAGAAGAGCGAUGCUAAUCAGGCUGAGUCUCCACCGGACAAAAUUUCAAGAAUCAACUCGGACAUGCAAAUAUGGUCUGAUGACGACAAACCUAGACACCUAUAUAUUGUCCUGAUCAGUUUGCAUGGGUUGGUGCGUGGAGAAAAUAUGGAACUCGGGAGAGAUUCAGAUACUGGUGGUCAGGUGAAGUAUGUCGUAGAGCUUGCUCGAGCACUAGCGAAUAUGAAAGGUGUCUAUCGUGUAGACCUUCUGACAAGACAAAUCACCUCAUCAGAGGUCGACUGUAGCUAUGGUGAGCCCAUUGAAAUGCUGUCGUGCCCACCCGACGGCACUGGUAGUUGUGGUGCCUACAUCAUUCGGAUCCCAUGUGGACCUUGCGAUAAGUACAUUCAAAAAGAGUCACUAUGGCCUUACAUACCUGAAUUUGUUGACGGGGCUCUCAGUCACAUCGUCAACAUGUCAAGCGUUCUAGGGGAACAAGUUGAUGGGGGAAAGACGACAUGGCCUUAUGUGAUUCAUGGUCACUAUGCUGAUGCAGGAGAGGUUGCAGCACAUUUGUCCGGGGCCUUGAAUGUGCCAAUGGUGCUAACAGGACACUCCUUGGGGCGGAACAAGUUUGAACAAUUACUUAAACAAGGGAGGUUGUCGAGGGAGGACAUAAACUCAAUGUACAAGAUAAUGAGGAGGAUAGAAGCCGAAGAGAUGGGGUUGGAUGCUGCUGAAAUGGUGGUAACUAGCACUAGGCAAGAGAUCGAUGAGCAAUGGGGUUUGUACGAUGGAUUUGAUAUCAAAUUGGAGAGGAAGCUUAGGGUUAGGAGAAGGCGUGGUGUGAGUUGCCAUGGGCGGUACAUGCCAAGGAUGGUGGUUAUACCACCAGGCAUGGACUUCAGCUAUGUCACACCACAAGAUUCACUGGAAGGUGAUGGAGAUCUAACGUUGUUGAUUGACUCCAAUAAGACUCAAAAUAAAAGGCACAUGCCUCUGAUAUGGUCCGAGAUAACAAAAUUCUUCACAAACCCUCACAAGCCUAUGAUCCUCGCAUUGUCUCGUCCAGACCCCAAGAAAAAUGUGACCACAUUGCUCAAGGCUUUUGGCGAAUGCCAACCACUCAAAGAACUUGCCAACUUGACCCUAAUACUCGGUAACAGAGAUGACAUUGAAGAGAUGUCUAAUAGCAGUUCAGUUGUUCUCACAACAGUACUGAAGCUAAUUGACAAGUACAACUUGUAUGGUAUGGUAGCAUAUCCCAAGCAUCACAAGCAGUCUGAAGUUCCUGAGAUAUAUCAGCUAGCUGCUAAAACGAAGGGAGUUUUCAUCAACCCAGCUCUUGUUGAACCAUUUGGUCUCACACUCAUAGAGGCUGCUGCUUAUGGUUUGCCUGUUGUUGCCACAAGAAAUGGUGGGCCUGUGGAUAUUAUCAAGGCACUCAACAAUGGGCUUCUCAUCGACCCACAUGACCACAAAGCCAUAGCAGAUGCCCUCCUAAAGCUCGUAGCUGAUAAAAACCUCUGGCUCGAGUGCCGCAAAAAUGGGCUAAAGUAUAUCCACCGUUACUCUUGGCCAGAACACUGUAGAACCUACCUUUCUCAUGUCAAGCAUUGCAGGAACCGACAUCCUACAACCCGUCUUGAGAUCAUACCUACUCCUGAAGAACCCAUGAGCGACUCCCUAAGGGAUGUGGAAGACAUUUCUUUGAAAUUCUCAGUUGAUACAGACUUCAAGCCCCAUGGAGAAAUCGAUGCAGCAAACCGACAAAGGAAACUCAUUGAGGCCCUGACCCACUUAGGUUCCCCCCAUGGCAAUUCCAGCAUUAGUUACGGUCCAGGAAGAAGGAAGGAGCUAUUCAUAAUAGCCACCGACUGUUUCGCUAAGGAUGGAUUGUGCACUGAGACCCUGCCAUUAGUCACCAAAAACGUGAUGCAAGCUGCAGUCUCAAGUUCAGGCAAGGUAGGAUUUGUACUGCUAACAGGUUUAACCUUACAUGAGACAAAGGAAAUAUUUAGAAAUUGCCAUGUGGGUUUGGAAACUUUUGAUGCAUUGGUCUGUAACAGUGGAAGUGAAAUGUAUUAUCCCUGGCGAGAUUCCUCAGCUGAUAUGGACUAUGAGGCCCAUAUUGGGUACAAGUGGCCAGGUGAGAAUGUUGGAUCGAUGAUAAUGAGGCUUGGUAGGGUAGGAGAAGGAGAUGGAAAUGGGGAUGAUAUAGCAGAGUAUUCAGAUGCAUUUAGCUCUCGAUGCUAUUCCUACAGCAUUAAACCAGGAGCCAUGACUCGAAAAAUUGAUGAACUGCGCCAGAGGCUACGGAUGAGAGGCUUCCGAUGCAGUCUUGUCUACACUCAUGCCACAACACGAUUGAAUGUAGUACCAUUAUUAGCAUCAAGAGGCCAAGCACUAAGGUACCUAUCUGUUAGGUGGGGUCUUGAUCUUUCCAAAAUGGUAGUGUUUGUCGGGGAGAAAGGGGAUACAGAUUAUGAAGGCCUAUUGGUUGGUCUUCACAAGACUGUUGUUCUAAGAAAUUCUGUUGAAUACGGUAGUGAGAUGCUUCUGCGCAGCGAAGAAAGUUAUAAAAGGGACGAUGUAGUCCCCCAAGAUAGCCCCAGAAUUGCCUUUGUCGAGGAUCAUCAAUUCCACAAUAUCUCUGCAGCUUUAAAGGCUCUACAGAUUAUGUGAUUUUUACUUGCACUUUAUUACUUCUUUUGGGAGGAGGUUUCGUGGAUAACGCAGAAGCAACUGAACUAUUAAAAAUACAACAGAAAUGAAAUCUUAAUUUUGCUUAAUAGUA